CUGCAGAAGCUGAAGAAGAAGAAGAAGAAGAAGAAGAAGAAGAUCCCAACCUUCUUUCUAUCUUGUUUCUUGAUCACCGGUAUCAUUACUUUCUUCUGUUUACGUGUUGCUGCGGCUAUUUUCUAUUUUGUUCCUUGAUCAGCAAAAGGCCAAAAAGGUGUUGCCAAGAAUUGGAGGGAGUAAAGAUUAGAGUUUUGUGGCUCAGGGAGUCUUCAAGAUCUUUCGUGGAGCUAAAAUGCUUUUCUGAUUCAAGAUGGCUUUUGUGGGAGUGAGAGAAUUCUGUAGAACUGUAUGCAUUUGGUCUGAUUUUUAUGAAGCUAUAGGUGGAUAAUAAUGGAGAAUUCGUCUGAAUCUGGUUGGCAGAGGUCUGGCAGCUCUAGGGGGCUGAAUUCUUCAGCUGUUUCUAGUAGAAACCCCAGAAUAAUUCCUGCCAGCACCUUGAGAUUCUCGGGUGACACAGAUCAAGAUUCGGGAAUCGUAGCAGGGAGGGGAAGAAUCGAAAAAACAGUAUUGGGUCAAUCAAAUCGUUUUGGAACUCAGUUUGGUUACUUUAGGGAGGAUGAUGGUGCGGUUAUUCGUCCAGUGGAACUCAAGGAUGUUAGCUUAAGACAGUGGUUAGAUAACACCGAAAGAGUUGUUGAUGCCCUUGAAUGCUUGCACAUAUUUAUGCAGAUAGUAGAAAUUGUGAACUUGGCACAUUCCCAAGGGUUUGUUGUGCAUAAUGUUCGACCAUCGUGCUUUGUCAUGUCCUCGUUUAAUCGUGUAUCUUUUAUAGAAUCUGUAUCUUGCUCAGAUUCAGGUUCGGAUUCUUGUGAGGAUGAAUCAAACAACCAGUCCGCUGACUUUAUGGGAUUGUGUUUGCCUUUGGGUCCAAAUCAACUGGAAAGUAAACUAGGCAAUCAGAGUUUCCGACUUGAGAAAAAUCCCAGAAACUUACCCCAAACAGCAUCGGAGAACACUUGGCUGCAAUCAGGUUCUGAGAAUUUAGAAGCUAGUAAUGUUGACCAAGCAGAAGAAAAGAAAGAUCCCUUCCCAAUGAAACAAAUAUUGCAAAUGGAAACUAGUUGGUACACGAGUCCAGAGGAGGCUGCUGGUGCUCCAAGUUCUUGUGCUUCUGAUGUUUAUCGACUAGGGGUUCUUCUUUUUGAGUUAUAUUGCACAAGUAGUUCAGCAGAAGAAAAGAAUGCAACUAUGUCUAGCCUGAGACAUCGUGUCUUUCCUCCUCAGUUAUUAUUGAAGUGGCCUAAAGAAGCCUUAUUUUGCUUGUGGUUACUGCAUCCUGAGCCUGCUAGUAGGCCAAAAAUGGAUGAAGUGCUGCAAAGUGAAUUUCUUAAUGAACCUAGAGAUAACUUAGUUGAGCGAGAAGCAGUAAUCGAGCUUAAAGAAAAGAUCGAAGAGCAGGAGUUGUUGCUGGAAUUUCUUUUAAUGCUGCAACAACGAAAGCAGGAAUCUGCGGACAAUUUGCGCAGGACAGUUUCAUUUAUAUCUUCGGAUUUACAGGAGGUUACGAAAUUGCAGAUAUCUAUUCGGAGAAAAGGAGGUGUGAGUUCAAAUCAUGGAGAUUCACCUUCAAGUUUUCCAUCCGCAAAUAUCUCUCAGAACGAUGAUUCCGUUAGCUCCGGAUCUAGAAAACGAAUCAGACCCGUAACCCAGAUCCUUAAUGCAGAAAUAUCCAGUAGUCUUCAAGAUGAGUAUCACCCAUCAGAUACACACAUUAGAGAUAGAGAAAAUGCUAUCUCUAGAAGUUCUCGACUCAUGAGGAACUUCAAGAAACUAGAAUCCGCCUACUUUUUGACUAGGCGUAGGGCGUUCAAACCGGUAGCCAAACCGUUGCCUAGAAAUGCACCAAUGAGUAGUGAUGGUAAAGGAUCUAUUGUUCUUACAGAAAGAAGUUCUGCUAAUAAUUUUCUGUCGAGAGAGCGGCCUGCAGAAGGUAGGCAAAGUAUAUGGAUCAACUCGUUCUUGGAGGGGUUGUCCAAAUAUUUGUCUUUUAGGAAGUUGAAAGUUAAGGCAGACUUAAAACAAGGAGAUCUUUUGAAUUCUUCCAAUCUUGUAUGCUCGUUGGGUUUUGAUCGUGAUGGAGAAUUCUUUGCAACGGCCGGUGUAAAUAAGAAAAUUAAAGUUUUUGAGUAUGAUUCGAUUCUGAACGAGAAUCGUGACAUACAUUACCCUGUUGUUGAAAUGUCAAGUAGAUCAAAGCUAAGCAGUAUAUGUUGGAAUGGAUACAUCAAAGGCCAGAUUGCUUCAAGUAAUUUCGAUGGUGUAGUACAGAUAUGGGAUGUUACACGAAAUCAAGUAUUUAUGGAAUUAAAAGAGCACGAGAGACGUGUGUGGUCUGUGGACUUCUCUUUGGCAAAUCCGACGUUGUUGGCCAGCGGGAGUGAUGAUGGUUCCGUUAAGCUCUGGAAUAUCAAUCAGGGAGUGAGUGCUGGUACCAUUAAGACAAAGGCCAACGUCUGCUGUGUUCAGUUCCCGUCUGAUUCUGGCAAUACCUUAGCAUUUGGUUCAGCUGAUCAUCGAAUUUAUUACUAUGAUCUUCGCAAUCCGAGCAUGCCACUUUUUACGUUAGUUGGACACAACAAAACUGUUAGCUACGUCAAAUUCGUGGAUUCAUCAACUCUUGUGUCUUCAUCCACGGAUAACACGCUGAAGCUUUGGGAUUUGUCAGAGUGCACAUCCCAAAUUCUGGACUCUCCGCUUCAGUCAUUCACGGGCCAUAUGAAUGUAAAGAACUUUGUUGGUUUAUCGGUAUCUGAUGGUUACAUUGCUACUGGUUCAGAAACAAACGAGGUUUUUGUGUAUCACAAAAUAUUUCCCAUGCCUGCAUUGUCGUAUAAAUUCAACACCACAGAUCCGAUAUCAGGAGAUGAAGUGGACGACUCUGAACAGUUCAUCUCAUCGGUGUGUUGGCGUAGUCAAUCCUCUACUUUGGUUGCUGCAAGUUCCAUGGGAAAUAUCAAGGUCUUGGAGUUAGUCUAAUCUCUCAGCUGGGAUAUACUGUGUUGGUUUGGUUUAAACCAUUUCCUGAUCGAUCAAGUGAGAUAUACUGUGUUGGUUUGGUUUGAAUUGUUUCUAGAUCAAGUGGGAUAUACUGUGUUCAUUUGGUUGGUUUAUAAGGAGAAUAGAUAUAUGUGUUACUUUUUCUGCAUAGCCAUUUUUGUGUUUCAAAUAGAAGGAAGGAAGGUGUAUAGAGAGUAUGUUGUUGUAGAUAAAUUUAAUUAGACAAAAAGGAAAUUAUGGGAGAUGAUGAUGAUGAUGAUGAUGAUGAUGAGGAUGAUGAUGGUGGUGGUGAUGAUGAUGAUGAUGGGAUAUAUUUUGUAACUGCUUUUAUUGGUGGUCAUAACUUGUAUGC